AUUUCACAGUUAUUUUGCCUUACAGUGGAUGGUGUUAAGAGCUUCCCAAUGUCCUGACAGACCUUUGAAUUGCCUUGCCUUGUCUCUGCCCUCUAGAAAUUACUAGUUAUACUUUUAGUUUGAACUAACUCGGGUUCUUUUGAAUAGCACUGAAACUGUAACAUAUUGAAAAGUGCUCCCAGUGCUUCAAUCUUUCUAAUUGCCAUCAUCUCUGUAUAACUGAGCCAGACGAGCAGAGGAACUGGAAACCCAUUCUGUGCACGAGCAACAAACAAGCCUGAGAUCCAGAGUGUUUCGUUACUGCUCAGUGUCCAUUUUCUUUAGCAAAUGUAGUUUGAUUUUAUUUACGGUUAAGUCUUUAAGGAGGCAGGAUUGGGCCAGCAGUUACGUUGGUAGCUAUGGGUGUCUGUAUCUUCAUGACUGACUUUUAAAGCCAAUUACUAGAAAAUAGAAGCCUCAUGAAAUAUGUACUGCUCAGCUUUAGUAAGAGCACACUGUAUAAAAUUUGAGGAGUUUGUCCUCCUCCAUCACAUCUCCUCAUGGGCGCCCUCCUUAAGAUAUUGUAUCUUCAAACAAGCUUAUGCAUGUUUUAAAAUACAAGCACCCACUCUCUAGAACUCCACUGAAAAAGCAACAGGGUGAUGUGGUGAAAGAGCACAUACCUUACUCCUCUUGAUACUCCUAGCUUAAGGCAUGGAGGACAGUUUCAUAACUCCUGUUCACAACUCCUCACCGAAAUGUCGAGGCAAGUCACCUUCUGUGAAUUCACAAAGAGGUUAUUCUUAGAAGCAAGCAAUUUUUAUGCUUGCAAAACUUGUGCUUUAUUUUUAAAAAAUGAGGAGUUGAUCGAAACAAGUGAAAAUUACCUUUUACUAGAGUAUGUAAAUAAUUAAGUCCAUUUCAGAAGUUCAGCUUAGCAUUUCAGAGGGGGAAUUGUGCAACCAUCGGUCUUAAGAGCUGAGAUUUAGACAGCGUUCAGAAAGCUGACACAGUAAUUGCCAGCAGUGGUUUUGGCGUGGGAUCUGGUGGAGGUUGGGCUUCUUACAAGCCCUGCGAGGGUUGUACGUUAUCGUAGCGAGUCCAUGACAUGUGCUCUCAAAACUCCAGCCGUGCCACCCCCCCCUUCCUGCCUCAUUUUUUAUAUCCUAAUCAAUGUCUCGCUCAUGGUCUUGUCAGAUCUUGUAUGUGUGCUGAGGUGGAGCAGUAUCAUUUGCUGACUAAUUAGUGUUCUGUAUCAGUGAUUUUUCAACUUGUGACUUGCAUUUGACUUCAAAAAAAAAAAUAAUACUGAAAUGCGAGUGCAAACUCCUUCGUAGUCAUUAGCCUUAAGGUCAGUAAUUCAGUCUCCGUUUCUUUUGCAGAUUCAUUGCUAAUAGGGUAGGAUCUGUGAGGCAUGAAAAAAUCACUGCUGAAUAUAGCUCUGUGUGUUGAUGGAUGUUUCAUUUGUGAAUUGUGUUAACAUAAUAGGAAGUAAUUUUAGAAUUUGUGCUGUACUUGUACUGUGCUGCUCAAGUCAUUUUGACAAAUGGAUUUCUCCAGUCCCCCCAGACAAUGGUUCUGCUGGUACCACCACAGAACUGGAAGGAAGAAUUGCUGUUUUAAGGACUACUAGAGAUUUUAACUCAUUUGCUGACCAAAACUAUGUUACUGCUUCCUGGGGCCGUAUGUUUAUAUUUAAUUUUACUAUGAAAAAAUCUGCAGUUUGCAUUACUGGUAAGGGUCCAACUUGACUCUGUAAUGCAAAAAUUGCCAGGGUUAAGCUAACUUUUAAGGAGAACGUAGUCUUUCCUAAAAUUGGGAGGGCUGAAGUAAGUAGGACUAAGACUCUAAUGCUUUUCUGCAGCAGACAGAACACUGGUUUGGCUCUUGCUCACUUCUCGUAAAAGCUAAUAGCCUCCUGUCUACAGUUCUUCUUAAAUGACUGGCUAAAAUACACUGGAUACUUGGUAGUAAAUAAUAAUAAUAAUAAUAAAAAAACCUCACUUUUGUUGACACAAGGGUGAUCGCUGGUAGUCACAAUCAAUAAAUCCAUCACACUCUUAAAGAGAAUGUGAUUAGGUCUAUAUAUAGACCUAAUCAUUAUAAACAUACAUACAGGCAGAAGCUAUUUUGCAUCUGCUGUUUGCUUAGAUGAUCAAUACCAGACCCAAUUCCAAAUUUGAAAAGCCUAGCAGAGUUGCUCUUUCUCAAACAAGUGUUUAUUAAAGGCAAAUAGUGGUGUUAGGUUGCAAAUUAAUCCUGAGGCACCUGGUUUACAGUCCUGCUUAGGAGUCAGCCCAUCCCUUGUGUUGCAAAGUAGUAUAAUUGAUCUUUCCUUUUAAAGGAAAAGGAAGAUACCAUAUCUGCAUAGAAUGCCCAUUUUUGAACAGAUUUACCAUAAGCAUAAGCUAUUACUUGUUUCUGUACCCCUUUUUUUUUUUCUUUUUAACAGCAAUAUAACACCAUAUUGUACUUGCUGAAUUUAGGGUAUUUGUGUAGAUGAAGCACAGACCCAGAGAACAUCUUUGCUUACAGUCUUACACUUAAUUUUUCCUGCCUUCAGAAUGUUCACUACUUUUAUACUGUUCCCCCCAAGAAUCCAUUCUGAAUUUCCUCAACAAAUCCCUGUGAGUCAACUUGUUCCUUAGACUAUGAUUACUUGUUCAAUAUAAAGCAAUUGCCCAUGCAUUUUUUCUGUUCUAAAUGGGCCGGAUAAAGCAUUGUUCACACAUUCAAAAUAAAUCUGAAUACAGCAGAACAGAUUAAGCUGAGAUUAUUUCAAAUCACUAGAUUUCCAAUUUGUUUGAAAUAAGCUAGAAGACUCCAAGCCGAUUAAAACUAUCUUAAUGCUUAAGUUUGUUAAUUAUAGAGACUGCUUUAUAUAAAAGAAGUUUUUGAAUUCUGAUUUAAGUAGUUGGUAAUUCUGUUCAUUGGAGCAAAGGCCAUUUGUUAGGCCAUUAAAGGUAAUACUUAAAAAUGACUAGGCUGUUACAUGUUGGCUACACUGGAAACCAUAAACUCAUUAGCAAAAAGGUACAACUCAAGAUAGAUGGCUACUAGAAAGUUAGAGUUCUGGAAAACUCAUUUUGCCUGAAUAAUUGGCAGUUUAUACAAGAACUGAGGUUGUUGAUACACAGUUGCCACAUAUCAAUAGCUUUACUGAACAUAUUUUUUUUUCCUAUACAGUUUAAUUCUGUAAGAGAACUUAUUUGUCCUUUAGUUUUGCAGAAGUUUUCCUAUUAGCAAGUAUUAGGACAGACGACCCUUUUACAGAGCUAUUUAAUUCCUUUAAAUAUGACAUUUCAGUCAAGAGAUUAACUCAUCAAGUUUGCAUGUCUGAUAUUUAUGUCCUUCUUUCUUUUUGAAGGGAAUGAAAACUGCAGGAAACCUGUCAAGGACUGAAUUUCUAGGGUCGUGAGACAUCACCAGGGAGCAGGGCACAAUGUCAACUGCAGGAGUUGCUGCUCAGGAGAUGAGAGUCCCAUUAAAAACUGGAUUUCUUCACACUAGUCAAGGCAUGGGGAGUCUGAAAACCUGCUGGGGUAGCCACAGUGGAUUUGAAAAUACUUUCUUUAAUGUCGACCCUAUAUCAGUGGCAUAUAAUUUGAAUCCAUCGACAGAGCAACAUUUACCACCUAUUGGGCACUCUUCCAACCGUACUUCCAUGAAUGACCCCAGCUUUCCUGAAAGUUGCCUUCAAGUCCCAGCUCAGAAAUCCAGUCCCCCUGCUGUGAGUCCCAAAAAUGAACAGCCGAUUUCAAGAUACGACGACCAUCUGGUCCCUGGCUUUAGUAAACUGUCAUUAACCAUGGGCAGUGUUUCUGAAGAAAUACCUCCUCACAUGCCAAUAAAAAAUGGGCCAAUUCAAUUUCUGUCUGCAUCUUCCAAUGACCGUAGCUCCAGACCGCUACCCCCUCUGCCUAUUGCUGAAGACCUUACUCCAGAUGAGGUUGACAAAGAGGUGGAGUUUCUGACAAGCUCAGAUACUGACUUUUUGCUAGAAGAUUAUGAACUUCCUCCUUUUAAAUCCAGCGUUCCGAGCCGGCGGAGCUUUAGAGGCUGUGGACAAAUCAACUAUGCAUACUUUGAUACUCCAACAGGACCAAAACCAGAAGAUGCCAACCCUACGCAAAGCCUAAGUGGAUACAUAUCCAGUAUUUAUCCUCCUCCACAGCAGCUGCAUCGACGUUUGCGAAGGUCCCAUUCUGGGCCGGCUGGAUCUCUUAAUAAACCAGUAGUAAGACUAUCUGGACACUUAAACAGGUCUUCUCCGAACUCUGAUGAAGAUAAACCAGAGAUUCCACCAAGGAUUCCCAUACCUCCCAGGGCACUCAAACCAGAUUACAGAAGGUGGUCAGCAGAAGUUGCUUCCAGCGCGUACAGUGAUGAAGACAGGCCUCCAAAAGUGCCCCCGAGAGAACCUUUGUCACGCAGCAAUUCCCGUACGCCGAGUCCCAAAAGCCUGCCAUCGUACCUCAACGGGGUUAUGCCCCCCACCCAGAGUUUUGCACCUGAUCCUAAAUACGUCAGCAGCAAAGCUCUACAGAGACAAAAUAGUGAAGGAUCUUCCAACAGGGUCCCUUGCAUUCUCCCAAUUAUCGAAAACGGUAAGAAGGCCAGUUCAACUCACUACUAUCUGCUGCCUGAAAGGCCUCCAUAUUUGGACAAGUAUGAGAAAUUCUUCAGAGAAGCAGAAGAAAGUAGCUCUAACACAGACAUUCAGUCCUGGUCUGGUGACUGCACAGCCACUUCAGCCCCAACAAAACUGGACUCAAAAUCUAGAAUGGAUAUAACUGGUCACCUGAAACGAAAACACCUCUCCUACGUGGUUUCCCCGUAGCGUCUGGGAGCACAGGCUCAGCUUAGUUGUUCAGGAUGGAGCUGAACCUUAUCAUGUUACAAAGUUCUUAAGGUUCUUAGAUAAUGAAGUAGGACUACUAGUUUGUCCUCCGAGAACUGGAAAGUGGAUGGUAAAGUCCUCUUAUGCUGCAUAUCUCUGAUAUGUUUCUUAAGACUGUUUUUUGUCUUGGUAUGUAUAGCUGAAAACCUAGAUUCCAUAGAAACAUGGAGGGGGAUAGUAGUCACAGUUGGCCAGUUAUAUGCUACCUAGGUGAAUGUUUUUGGUAGUCAUGUUAUCAAAACAAAAAAAACAAACCUAGCUUUGCUUACAAGUCACUUAUAAAGCUGACAACAGAGCAGAUAAUGCAGUACAGUUUCUGUAUCAGGCAUUUCCAAAAUUUCUUUCACACAGUAACUCUGCUGAGAACAGACUAUCCUCUGAGUGGGAUAUGCCAAUCUGGUGAGAAGGUAACUGCAAGAUCUGAUAUCCACUUGAAGACUUGGCAAGCAUAUUGGAAGUGCAUUUCGAAAGCUUGAUCUAUUUGACACUAGUAGGCUUUCAAAGUGAGUUAGAUUUUGUGGAUUCUUUCAGUUACUAGACACACGGCUCAAUUUUGCAGUUUUUCCUAGGAGAGACUUGGACCAGUUAUUGCGAAGCUGCUGCUGCUCUUUUCCUUCUGGAUCCUAGAGAUGUGUGAAAGUGCCCUGAAAGUGGCAGAGGAUACCAGCAGCUUAUACAGUUGCAAUUAAAUAGUCAGUAACAACUACACGCUCACCUAGAGUCUGAGAUUCUGACUGUAUUAAUACAGAAACGCAGCACGAGCUGGUCUUGUGUUCUGGUUUCUAUUCAGUAUUGUAGGGGAGGAGGAAAGUAUGAGGAAAAAAAAAGAUGAUUCCAUUUAUGAACAGUGUCAGUCCCAUCUCUCGCUGCUUCAGAUGCUGCUUCUUGCUGUUUAAUUUUUCCUCAUUGUGCCUCAACGAUCCACUGAAGUUCGUUGAGGUGCCACAUUUGUGCAUUAGCAGUUUCUUACGCUCGUGAUUACAUUUAUCCUCUUACAGAUAAGCACAAGAGAAAGGGUGCUCGUUAAUGGAGGUACAGAAGCUGAAUGUGUUCCUCCUAACAGAAAUAAACAAGCUGUUUACAGUUUAAACUGCUGAAUGAGAUAUUUGAGCUAUUUUAAAGCUUAAUUUUUAUUUGUUUUAGUAUAAACUAAAUGAAGGUGAAAUACAUGCUAUAGAAAUGCACUGAUAUUUCUGCAUCGUGUACAGUAUUGAAUAAAGAAGAAUUCACUUUGUAUUUUGAAUAUUGUCAUGUCUUGAGUUUAAUAAAGUUAUAAAAUACUUAUUUAUGAUACAUUUUGGUUUUUGCUUUAUUGAGUAGUGUAUGGAAUUGUGCAUUUGAGUUCUGCAUUUACUGGAAAGUUCAAAGUGAGUUAAUGUUAAAUGUGCAACAAAUAAUGAAUUCCACUUGCAUUUAAUUAAAAUUAAGAUUUGUGCAGAAGUGUUCAAUAACUCACAUUGCACACCAUUAAUUUUAAUUCCUUCUUACUACCUGGUAGUAUGGUGUCUUAUCGAUUUGUGCUGACAAUAAAACAUCCUGUAAGAUUUAA